AUGGCAGAGAAUACAAACGCAUCUUACUCGAUGGAUCCAAAAACCCAGCCUCAUGGCUUAGAAGCAUCUCAGAAUAACAUCAACUCAUCCGAAGAGUCGGCCUUAGGCGAGAGAGACCUUGAAAAAGGGGAAAGACCCGGAUCCAUUGUCUCGCCUCCACAAUCAAUACACGAUGAACCUCCAAAGAAUCCGGAUAUUGUGACCUGGGAUGGCCCUGACGACCCCGAGAACCCAAGGAAUUUCAGCCGUAUGCGAAAAUGGUACAUCACUAUGAUGCUAUCCCUCUUGACCUUCUGUAUCACCUUCGCGAGCAGCGUCUUCAGUCAAGCCACGGCGGUAACGGCAGAGAUUUAUGGUGUAUCAGUAGAAGUUACUACCCUUGCAACGAGUCUUAUCGUAUUGGGAUUUGCUCUUGGGCCUAUAAUCUGGGGACCCCUUUCCGAAGUAUAUGGUCGACGUCUUCCCAUGCUCAUCUGCUUUAUCAUUGCAGCUAUUUUCCAGAUUCCCGUUGCUGUAGCACAGAACCUCGCAACUAUCCUGAUAUGUCGAUUUUUGGUCGGAGCAUUUGGCUCUGUUACUCUUGCAGUCGUUGGUGGCGCUCUGGUUGAUAUUUGGGAGCCUGUUGACCGUGGCAUCGCAGCAGCUGGUUUCUGCGCCGCAACAUUCUUGGGACCGACUGCUGGGCCGAUCAUUGGCGGCUUCAUCGUCCCUUCACACCUGGGUUGGCGAUGGACCUCUUGGAUUACACUCAUCAUCGAUGCCGCUGUUGGACUUGCUGCUGUUUUCACCCUUCCCGAGACCUUCGCACCAGUGAUUUUACAGAAUCGAGCUGCACGACUUCGAUACGAAACGAAGAACUGGGCUCUCCAUUCGACCCUUGACGAAUCACCCCUGACAUUCAACGAUAUAAUCAAUAAAUAUCUAAGUCGUCCGUUUGAGAUGUUGAUCCUAGAGCCAAUUCUCUCUCUAACCACCCUCUACCUUGCUAUCGUUUACGGAAUCCUCUACCUCUUUUUCUUCGCCUACCCAAUCUCUUUCCAGGAAGUCCGAGGCUGGAAACACCCUGGUGUCGCAGCUCUUCCAUUUAUUGGCCUCGCUAUUGGCAUCCUACUGGGAUGUGCUGUUCUCAUCUACAUAAGCAAACAUCAAUACGCGCGAAAAUUCAAAGCAACCGGACGCCUUGUUCCAGAAGAUCGUCUACCACCUAUGAUAUUCGCUGCCUUCACUCUACCUGCAGGCUUGUUCUGGUUCUCUUGGACAUCAUCACCACAUAUCACAUGGGUGCCCCAAGUGAUCGCUGGUAUACCCAUCGGCUUUGGCUUGAUCAUCAUUUUCUUGCAAGGCAUUAACUAUGUCGUCGACGUCUAUCUUGUGUAUGCCAAUUCAGCACUGGCAGCGAACACAUUCAUCCGCAGUCUUCUGGGAGCUGCCUUUCCUAUGUUCGCCUCACAGAUGUUCCACAACCUUGGAGUUGCAUGGGCUGGCAGUCUGUUGGGCUUUAUAACGGUGGCCAUGAUUCCUGUUCCCAUACUGUUUUAUGUAUACGGGGCUAGAAUCAGGGCUAUGAGUCGCUUCGUUCCGAAAGUGUGA